AUAACCUGUAUUUUCUGGCGCGAAAUAGUUUUUGUUUAUUUUGAAAUAUUUAAUAAUUCUUGUAGGUUUAAUGUUUAGUUAUGAUUUCGGGUAAGAUAUUGGCUAAAAGAUGUUCUCUAAAUUUAAAAAUGAUGCUGGAAGGAGGCCAAUGUUUCAGAUGGAAAGAAACUUCUAGUAAUGAAUGGACAGGAGUUGUAUUGAAUGUAGUUUGGACUCUGAGACAGUUUGAAGAACACUUAGAGUAUACUGCGAGGAGCGAAUCACCAGAAAUAAAUGGAAAAAUUAAUCAUUUUAAUUCAGACUUGUAUAAAUGCAACGUUGACUUUGUUAAAGACAAAUUAGAGGAUUUUAUUCGGUCUUAUUUGAGACUAGAAGAACCUCUUGAAGAGUAUUACGAUGACUGGGGGAAGAAGGAUCCUAAGUUUAACAGCGUAGCUGACAAGUGUUAUGGAAUACGUAUUUUAAACCAACAUCCAGUUGAAAAUUUGUUUUCUUUUAUAUGUUCUUCUAACAACAAUAUUAUAAGGAUAUCUAGUAUGGUUGAAAAAUUAUGUUUACUUUAUGGUUCUUUCAUAUGCUCACAUGAUGGGAAAAAGUAUUACAGCUUUCCUGAAAUUUCGAAGUUGGCUAGUGAGGAUGUAGAUGCUGCUCUGAGGAAAGCAGGAUUUGGCUACCGUGCAAAAUUUAUUCAACAAUCAGCAAAACAACUAGAAACUUUAGGUGGUUUAGAAUGGCUCCUGAAAUUAAGGCAAUGUUCAUAUAAGGAGGCAAAAUCAGAGCUUAUUAAACUACCAGGUAUUGGUCCAAAGGUUGCUGAUUGUAUCUGCCUCAUGUCACUCGGUCACAUGGAAGCUCUCCCGGUGGAUACUCAUGUCUUUCAAAUAGCAAGUCAUGGUUACAUGCCACAUCUAAAGUCUGUAAAAAAUGUCACUGAUAAAAUUUACAAUGAGAUUGGAGAUUACUUUAGAAAACUGUAUGGACCUUUGGCUGGAUGGGCUCACACGAUACUGUUUUGUGGAGAUUUAAAGACAUUUAAAAAUGCUGAUGAACCUGCUCAAAAACAAAAAGCUUCAGUCAAACGAGAUUUAAGUUCAGAGUUAGUUUCUGUUUCUGGAACUUUGCACUAUACCAAGAAUGAUUUAAAUUUGAAAACAACAUUUGUUUCUGGUCAAACUUACAGGUUUAAAGAGAUUGAAACAGAUGUUUGGAGAGGUGUGUUUGCUGGAAAGAUUUGGACAUUUAAGCAAUUUGAGAGCCAUAUUGAUUAUACUUCCUCCUUCCCAAAACCCAGUAGCUCAUCUCAGUCCAAAAAGAGGAAGAGUGAUACUAUCAAUAUAGAAGUCACCGAUGAAAAACAAUGUGAAGAGACUUUAAAGGGCUAUUUUCGUUUAGAUUUUCCUUUACAAGAGCAUUACAAAAGAUGGUCUGAUCUUGAUGACCAUUUUAAAUCUGUGUCUGAAAACUUCUGUGGUAUGAGAAUGAUCAAGCAAGAUAUCGUGGAAAACCUUUUUGCCUUUAUUUGUUCUUCAAAUAAUACAAUAUCUAGAAUGACCACAAUGGUCGAAGCAAUGUGUUCGCUGUAUGGUGAAAAAAUUGGAGAACUAGACGGUACCACUUAUUACGAUUUUCCACCAGUGAACAAACUUGCUGAAAAAUCAGUAUUAGACAAUCUUGUGAAAGCAAAUUUUGGAUUUAGAGCAAAAUAUGUUCAUAAUUCUGCAAAAUACAUUGUUGCCAAUGGUGGUGAUUUGUGGUUCAAAAACCUUCAAGCAUUGCCUUAUGAAGAGGCAAAGGUGGAACUUAUGAAGCUGCCUGGGAUCGCUGCUAAGGUCGCUGAUUGUAUUUGCCUGACAGCAUUAGACCACUUGGAAACCAUCCCUGUUGACACUCAUGUUUUCCAGAUUGCAAAACGAUAUUAUUUGCCUCAUUUACAAAGCAAGAAGACGGUUUCCAAAGAGUCUUACAAAGAAAUAGGAGAAUGUCUCAGAAAAACAUUUGGUCCUUACGCAGGCUGGGCACAUACUGUUUUGUUUUGUUCUGAUUUAAAGCAGAAUGCUCACCUUAAGGCAUCAUAGUUAGGUAACAUCAAAUCAACCAAUAAGUAUGAAAUUGUCCUCAAUAUUUCUGAUUGUUGAUUAAUUAUUUUGUUAUUUUGUAUAUACUUGUUUUUAAUUUUUAUAUCUAAAAUAAUUGGUUGUUCUUAUAAUGAGUGUAUUAAUGUAAACAUGAAGAUUUUAUAUAUUUUUAAUUUAGAAUUGAGAUUUCGAAACACCUAAAAGUAUUCAUUUGUAUA